GGUCAGGCAGUGGUCCAGCUGGCCAAGACCGUGAAAGACGUGACUAUCUUUGGUGUAUGCAGUAAAUCAAAACACGAAGCCCUGAAAGCGGCUGGUACGAUCGACCAUCUCUUGGAACGAGGCACGGACUAUAGCAACGAAGUUAGGAAGAUCUCCCCGGAAGGUGUGGAUAUCGUUCUCGAUUGCCUUUGCGGCGAAGAGUGUAACAAGGGUUACGCUCUGCUGAAACCUAUGGGGAAAUACAUCCUUUAUGGAUCAAGUAAUGUGGUCACCGGAGAGACUAAAAGCUUCUUCUCGGCAGCGCGAUCAUGGUGGCAAGUAGACAAGGUAUCCCCCAUCAAAUUGUUUGACGAGAAUAAGACUCUAUCUGGAUUGAAUCUGCGCCACUUGAUGUACCAACAUGGCAGCCACGCAUUCGUACGGCGAGCAGUGGAACGGGUGUUCACCUUGUGGAACGAUAGUAAAAUAAAACCUAUGGUGGACUCUACAUGGGCUUUAGAGGACGUUCCAGAAGCCAUGCAGAAGAUGCAUGACCGUAAGAACAUUGGUAAGAUCGUGCUGGACCCGAGUCUCGAGCCGAAACCGAAGCCAGCGACUCCGGCCAAGGGGAAGACGAAGGAUAAGAAAGCGGCGAGCCAGGAAAGCCAGGAGAAGAAAACAUCGAGCGUCGAGUCCGAGGAGGGGGAGAAGAAGAAAGAGCCUGAAUUGACAAAUGGAACAUCCGAAGACAAGUCCGAUAGC